AUGGCCAUCAAGCGAAUGCGACCAGGGAACGGCCAUGAAGACCUGACCCGCGUGCUGCACUUUCUACCGCUCAGUUCGGUCUCCAACUUAGCUCAAACAUCGGCGGCAUGGCACGCCAUUGUGCUCAAGUACCAUCGCUCGAUGGAGCACGACCUUUCCGGUGGACUGGACCAACUUCGUGUUACUGUUGUCAACACCGUCGACUCGGAGCGGUACCCUGUCGGCUUCACGUAUCAAGCAUCUACUCGUGCAUCAUCAAGCAGUCUAGAUCUUCCUCCGCCACUCCACCGCCAUGUACACGUUGAGGUGUUCAAACAGGACCGCACUGGAUGGAGCGUGCGGUGCACGGAAGACAUCCCUGCAAGCGCAUUCAUCGGCGAGUAUGUCGGCCAGCUCGUCCGCACAGCAACGAUGGAUCGAACGUCAAGGUACAUUGUGAGCAUCCGCGAAGAGGCCGAGGACACCGUGUGGCGGACCAAUGUGGACGCGCGUCACGUCGGCAACUUCACGCGGUUCAUCAACCAUUCUUGCUCGCCCAACGCGCGAUGGGACACGUAUCGAAGUCCGAUGACGUUCUGCCCUCGCAUCCACGUCUUGUCGCUGCGCGAGAUCAAAGCGGGCGAAGAAAUCACGGUCGACUAUGGAGCGGACCACGGCAUCGGUUCGAUUCCCUGCCACUGUGGCUCGGACCGAUGCCGACGUUACCUGCCCUUUGAUAGAACGCUGUAAGAGUGUUCCAGCCUCGUUGACAACGCAUGCCUCCGCCAUGUCGUUUAUGCUGCAGCCAUUGGUGCGCUUCAAGGAGAAGCUGCGCGCGCGGCGAUUCCGGAAUUGGUUGAUUCAAAUUUACUCCUUCAAAGUCCAGUGUCGUCGAAAUAGGCGACAACCAAAUGGGCUGCGAC